UUUAUAUGAUGUGGUCAGUAUUUUUUUUUCUGUUUACGACGGACGAGUAGAGCUAAACAAAAACUGGCUGUUGGAUUAUUUUCACAUUUAUUUUGAGACAAACGCUUUUACAUUUUUGACUUUUUAAUAAGGAUGAUCACCUUCGGCUGCAUGUAUCUUUUUCUUUGCUCCCUGGCUGUGGUAAUUUGUAUAUUGCUUCCUGGUGCUCAACCGCAAAAAAUUCCCAGACCUCCGAAAAAAAUUAAGCCGGCAAAAUUUAUUUCCCGUUUGGCACUGCGAAAGUUGACUUUAAACAAGGAUGCUGAUAACUCAGCGGUUUUAAUGCCACCUUGGAAAGUUUGCCCUUCCGGUCAAGAAGGGGCACAAGUUCCCAUCCAAUCGGUUGAUGUCAAAGAUACGAUUUCCAUGCCGUCGGAUUUGACCAAAGACAAUUACAUGGCGAUUUGUGUUGAACCAUAUGGACCAUCGUGCACAUAUCCCGGAUCAUUUGUGGCCUUCAGUGACUUAUGUUCUCUGCAAUGCCAAUGUAUGAACGAGCAGAAAUCACUCAACCUUAUCUCAAGUGAUUUCCAUUAUGCUAACUGCCGCUCAAUAUGCUCCACGCCUCCAAACGGCCUUCGUUGUUUUUCCAAAAAAGAAAACGGAAGCUGCUGCCCUACCUACGAAGACUGCGUGAAUUCCCCUUUCGAUGGUCAGUGGACUAAAGACCGAUCAGCCUUCAUUUCCAGUCGAUUUCGAUGCUCUCCCGGUGACCAACUGGAUUCGGCAACCUGUUUAAUGGUCGUCAAAGAAGCCAUUCCAGAACAAUCCUUCAGUCCAAAAUUUCGAGCCAAAUGCCAAUGCGUAGCCGAAGAUAUGUAUAAAAUCUCCAUUACAUCUUUCAUUUCGCAAGCCCAACCAAACGCUGGCAAAACCAAAUUCGCGCUGAUCCGUGACCGUGGACAAAUUCGCAACCAACGACUCUGACACGUGAUCAAAAUAAUUCCUAUAAAAAACUGUCAUCAAUUCACCGAUCUCCAAUACAACUAGUUCUGAUGCUAAACACCAUUAAAAUUCAGACUGACUUAUCAGUCGUCAAUAUAAUUCCGCUAGCGAUUCUGAUUGUCAUCCUUUAAAUUCCCAAGAUGGUAAUAUCUGAUUGUAAAAUCUUACCUAACCCCAUGAAAGAAGGCGCUCCGAAUAGUACGGUAUCGCAAUACCACCUACACACGCAUCAUUCGAUUGAGAGAUCUCAAAAA